AUGUGGAAGCCUCGAAUCAACUUACAACCAAAUGUCACAGUCCCGGGAAAUAUAAAUUCUAAAACGGUGAUUGAUGACAUCGAAAUGAAUUCUGUGAAAAGAAAUGAUGAAGAAGCGAUACUUUGCUCGCGAUUGAACUGUGUUGGAGCUAAAAUGAUCGAUAGGACAAAAGUUUUGGAUCCAAAUUAUGUUAAAUAUGCUCGACAGUCGCAUUAA